AUGGCGGAUCACGCCCAAGAGAAGGAGGUCUACAACGACCCCAACACCGUCCACAAUGAGAAGAUGGUCUCGCCUGGCGACGAGAAGCUCGCUAUCCACGACUCGGACUCGGGUUCUGGCGACGCCAACGCCCGCCGCCAGUCAGUCGCUGGCAACAUUGUCCACAACCCCCUCCAGCGUCUGUCCAAGGGCUCUGCUGCGGAACAGGCGUCGGCUUUUGCUGAGGGCUUCGGCAUGCCAGAGCACUCGAGCUUGUUUGCUCGCGCCGCUCUUGUUGCCCGCGACCCUGAGCGCUUCGAGAUGCUCACUGAGCUCGAACAGGACGAGCGUGAUGCCCUGAUCUACGAGCGCGACCACAAGUGGCACGGACCCAAGAUGCUGUGGUACUCGAUUGGUCUCUGUGCCGUUGGAGCCGCCACGCAGGGUUGGGAUCAGACUGGAUCUAACGGUGCCAACUUGUCUUUCCACGAGGAGUUCAACAUCACUGGAAAGGGCCGCGACGAGUGGAUUGUGGGUAUCAUCAAUGCCAUCAUCUUCUUGACUGCUGGCUUGAUCGGUGCCUUCAUUGUCGACCCUCUCAACAAGUACCUCGGACGUCGAGGAGAAAUCUUCUUCACUGCCAUUAUCCUCACUGUCACCCCCAUCGGCUCAGCCUGUGCGCAGUCAUGGCAAGGUCUCUUCGCCGCGCGCUUCAUCAUGGGCAUCGGCAUCGGCGCAAAGAACGCUACCGUCCCCAUCUACUCCGCUGAAAUGGACCCAGCCCGCAUCCGUGGCGCGCUCGUCAUGUCUGGCAGCUCUGGGUCGGCGCGAGUUACUUCCCAGCGUCUAUGGGACUGCUUCUCGAUCCCGCGUAUCCGACGCGCGAACUACGGCGCCUCGACCGUCAUGCUGGCGCAGCAGAUGUGCGGUAUCAACAUCAUCUCCUUCUACAGCUCGACCAUCUUCGUCAACGCUGGGUACACGCCGACGCAAGCUCUCUACGCGUCUCUCGGCUACGGCGCACUCCAGGUCGUCUUCACCAUCCCCACGCUCUUCCUCAUUGACACCAAGGGCCGCCGCACACUGUGCCUCAUCACCUUCCCCAUCAUGUGCAUCAUGCUGCUCGCUGCCGGUCUCUCGCUGCUCGUCCCCGCGGACGCGUCCACCGGCGCCCGCCUCGGCCCCGUCGUGCUGUUCGUCUAUCUCUUUACCAUCGCGUACUCGCUGGGCGAAGGCCCCGUCGCGUUCCAGUACUCCGCAGAGGUGUUCCCGACCAUCCAGCGUGAGCAGGGCAUGGCCUGGGCCGUGUGCAUCAACAACACGUUCGCGGGUAUCCUCGGUCUGACGUUCCCCCGCAUGACGACCGUCAUGACGCCCACGGGCGCUUUCGGCUUCUACGCCGGCCUGAACUUGAUCGCGUGGGGCAUGAUCUUCUGCUUCGUGCGCGAGACCAAGCAGCUCACGCUCGAGGAGUUGGAUCAGGUCUUCAACGUGCCCACCUCCGUGUUCCUCAAGUACGAGAUCAAGCGCAAUAUCCUGCGCCAGCGCGUUCCCAAGCCCGAGUUGCUGGAUAACGCGACCCACCGUGUCGAGCAGGUGCCUGCUGCUUAG